GCUUUUUAAAAUGCAUUUGGCAGUGUUUUUAUUGGCAUCAGUGCUUUCUGCGGCCACCUUUGCCCUCGACAAUGGAGUGAUGAGGACCCCUCCCAUGGGCUGGUUGGCAUGGGAACGAUUCCGCUGCGACAUUGACUGUAAAAAUGACCCCAAGAACUGCAUCAGGCAAAAUCUGUUCAUUGACAUGGCUGACAGACUCUCAGAAGACGGCUGGAGGGAACUCGGUUACGUCUACGUGAACAUCGACGACUGCUGGUCCUCCAUGGAAAGAGAUGAAAACGGCCGGCUGCAGGCUGACCCUAAAAGGUUUCCAGGAGGCAUCCCUAAACUGUCUCGCUACUUGCACGACAGAGGUCUUAAGCUGGGGAUCUAUGGGGACAUGGGCACACACACCUGUGGGGGUUACCCUGGCACCACGCUGGACAAGAUUGAAAUCGAUGCUCAGACCUUUGCCGACUGGGAGGUGGAUAUGUUUAAAUUUGACGGCUGUUAUUCUAAUGCCACUGAGCAAGCGAAAGGUUACCCUCUCAUGUCAAAGGCUUUAAAUGCCACAGGCCGUCCUAUUGGCUACUCCUGCAGUUGGCCGGCCUACCAGGGGGGGCUGCCACCUAAGGUAAACUACACUCAGCUGGGCGAGAUCUGCAACCUGUGGCGUAACUAUGGCGACAUCCAGGACUCUUGGGACAGUGUGCUGAAUAUUCUCGAAUGGUUCUUUGAGAACCAGGAUGUCCUGAUACCUGCAGCAGGACCUGGAAGGUGGAAUGACCCUGAUAUGCUGGUCAUCGGUGACUUUGGCCUCAGCAAGGACCAGUCUCGCUCUCAGAUGGCACUGUGGGCAAUCAUGGCUGCUCCUCUCUUCAUGUCCAACGAUCUGCGCACCAUCAGCAGCGAAGCACGCAGCAUUUUGCAGAACAAAAUGGUUAUCAGCAUCAACCAGGACCCCAUGGGCAUCCAGGGCAGACGCCUUGUAAAGGAGAAGAGUAACAUUGAAGUGUUCUGGCGCCCCCUGUCGAGCGAUGCCAGCGCUUUGGUAUUCUUCAGUCGUCGUACUGAUAUGCCCUACCGCUACCAAACCUCCCUAAGCAAACUCAACUACACCACCGGCAGCUACAAAAUCUACGAUGUCUUCACUGACAAGACCAUGAUCCUGAAAGACUCCACUAACUUUGUGGUGUCAGUGAACCCAACAGGUGUGGUCAUGUGGUACGUCUCUGCGCCUAGCAAACUGAACCGCCGACAGUUCUAUAGAGGUGGAAACGUCCAGGAUUCAGUCUACACUGGUGAUGAAAACGCCAACCCUCGUGUCUUCCUCUGACCGCUCCAUGAUUGACUUUUUUUAAUUGAAAAUCACAUCAUAGUUUCUGACACACUGCAGUGGCUCUUGAUUAAGUGUCACAUGAACAUUGUCCGGUGCUAGAAGGACUUUACUUCUCUUCUUCGCAAUAAAGUGCCAAUGAAAAGUUCUAAAUGCUGUUGUAUAAAACGCAGCACACAUCAUGAAUCCUCUUUUAGCUCAGGGACGUGCAUUUUGCUUCUAUUUCACAUGUCUGAAAUUCUUCAUGUGAGAGUGUCUGAAACAAAACAAACCUGAUCUCACUCGAAUGAGAGAAAUGAUUUUAGUAAUCGCGGCUUGAGCACUGAUCAUUGAUUGUAACAUCAAACCUGGUAACAAACCUGGAAAGCUGCUCCUCCUUUUUGUCUACAGAAGCAGGAUAGACUUAAGCUUUUCUAAGAAGGCUGAUUUUUAAUUGUGUUUCCUUGGAAAGUGUGCUUUGUUUAGGCAUAAGGCUUAAGUCUGUCAACAUCUGGAUGUUGUAUUGCUCAGGAUAAUUCGUAUGAAUGUGUGUGUAUGAAAUUAAAAGCUUUUAUUUGACAUCGUUCAGUGAAUGUGUUAUUGCCUGAAAUAAAUCAAACAUUUGA